AUGGCAAGUGAUUCCAUAAUCCCUCUUCUUCUUCUUCCUGAUGAACUCAUAACAGAGAUCCUCUUAAAGCUUCCUGUCAAAUCUCUGUCGAAAUUCAUGUGCGUUUCUAAAUCAUGGCUUCAACUAAUCUCUAGCCCUACUUUUGUGAAGAACCAUAUCAAGUUAACUGCUGAUGACAAAGGAUGCAUCCAUCACAGACUUAUAUUUCGAAACAUCGAUGGAAAUUUCAAGUUUUGUUCUCUCCCUCCCUUGUUUACCAAACAACAACACACUGAGGAGCUAUUCCACAUCGAAAGAUCCACUUUAUCAACUCACAUUGUGGGCUCUUUAAAUAGGUUGAUUUGUGUUGUCCAUGGCCAAAAAGAGGCAUAUAUAUGGAACCCCACUAUUACCAAGUCAAAGGAAUUACCCAAGUUUACGAACGGGACAUGGGGAAGCUUGGAGCUUCCCAUUUGUGGAAAAGACAAUUUUGAUAUCAAUUUGGGUGUUGUGGGAAGUGAUCUUUCUCUGCUUUAUACUUGUCAACGAGGUGCUGCUACCUCUGAUGUAUGGAUUAUGAAGCAUUCUGGAGUUAAUAGUCAUUCUGAAAAUUUUGUCAAGCACAACCUUAACUAUUUGGUUUGUACUAUUGAAUUUCAGGAAAUGGAAGCUAAUGUUGAACACUAA